CUGCCACCACCUGAAUGUAGCAACUGCCCUGGGCCCAAAUGCUGACCUCAUACUGUGCUUUCUGAUGUGGCAAAUGGACAUUGUCAGGUUGCAGUCUCACGGAGGAAAGGCCAGUCGGCCGGCCCCUUUAAUCUCAAUGAGUCAAUGUUUGCUGCAGCCAUGAGUCUAGUCACGAGUACCUGAUUGUUUUUGACAGGUCCUUUGACUCACUGACCAUUCUUGGCAUUCGUUUAGGUUCUGAACUAUGAUUCUGUUUCUCCCGGUGUAGUUUGGAAGCCCCAACUUAAUGAUUUCUGACCUCACUAAGUGCAAGGUUACAUUCCAAUGUACUCAGGAACUCCUUUCCCCGCCCUCUUCCCUUAAGCAUAUAUGCUGCCGACGCGGAGGGCACCUCACUCGCUCUAUAGGUAGCAAGACCAGUCGUACUUUAGGAACACGGAUAAAUCUUCAUCCUUUGGCUCCUGAAGGGUGGGGGCGAAAACUUGUCACUUUAAGAGAGUUCACUCUUAAAGGGCUAAGGGAGAAGCUGCACCAAAGUAUCGCGAGAACUGUGACCACCAGCGACUUCUCGCGAUGUUUGGCCCGGCAAAGGGUGGCCAUUUUGGAGUCCAGCCGGCGGCUGGUUGCCCCGGCGGCGUCUGCCAACCUGCUGCUGGGACCAAAGGUGGCUCCACGGGUGUCUGGCCCAUGGGAGGCCGGACCGAUACGAUGUGGCGGCUCCGCUGCAAGGCCAAGGAUGGCACCCAUGUUUUGCAGGGGUUGUCCAGCCGGACCCGGGUGCGAGAACUCCAGGGCCAAAUUGCCACCAUCACCGGGAUCGCCCCCGGCUGUCAGCGAAUCCUCGUCGGAUACCCGCCCGAGUGCCUGGAUCUUAGCAACGGGGAUACCGUUCUGGGGGAUUUGCCCAUCCAGUCAGGCGACAUGCUGAUCGUUGAAGAAGACCAAACCAGGCCCAAAACUUCACCUGCAUUCACAAAACAUGGUGCUCCUAGUUACAUCAGGGAAACUUUGCCUGUGCUUACCAGAACCGCAGUCCCAGCAGACAACUCUUGCCUCUUUACCAGUGUGUACUAUGUUGUUGAAGGAGGAGUCUUGAAUCCAGCUUGUGCCCCUGAGAUGAGAUGCCUCAUAGCAGAAAUUGUAGCAAGUGACCCAGACUUCUAUAACGAGGCAAUCCUGGGAAAAACAAAUCAAGAGUACUGUGACUGGAUUAAAAGGGAUGAUACUUGGGGAGGAGCUAUUGAGAUAUCGAUUUUGUCCAAAUUUUAUCAAUGCGAAAUAUGUGUAGUGGAUACACAGACAGUAAGAAUUGAUCGUUUUGGGGAAGAUGCAGGAUAUGCCAAAAGGGUCCUGCUUAUUUAUGAUGGCAUCCACUAUGAUCCACUUCAGCGUAACUUCCCUGACCCAGACACCCCUCCUCUGACCAUUUUCUCCUCUAAUGAUGAUAUUGUUCUUGUACAAGCACUGGAAUUAGCAGAUGAAGCUAGAAGAAAGAGACAAUUUACUGAUGUAAACCGCUUCACCCUGAGAUGCAUGGUAUGUCAGAAGGGAUUAACUGGACAAGCAGAAGCAAGGGACCAUGCCAAGGAGACAGGCCAUACCAACUUUGGAGAAGUGUGAUCUAUGCAUGAUGAGGAUUGAAGCCUACUACCUCACAGAUCCAGAAGGCUCUGGGUUUUCCAAUAAGCUAUUUGUUACCCUAAAGAACAAAAGGACACAAUGCUUGAACCAUCCUUUUAACUUAAAACCACUAAGACACUGAAAUUCCUUGUUAAGAUUAAAAUUAGUGUGCAAGUUUACAGAUGUGUGUCCACAGUGGUGAUACAUGCCCUCUUUCUGCUGGAGCAACAGAAUAGGUGGUCCUUGCCAUCUACUGAUGCUAACCUGAAGAUUGAGUUUUAGUAUUAUAAACUAGCACCCAGCAGCAUUAAGUUGUAGAAGAAAACAACUUCAUAUUUUGGGUUGUGCAGAAGGCCUCGUGUGAGGUCACUGGACAUAAACCACAGUGUCUCCAGUAAUUGAGUCCUUUAAAAAACUCUGAGUGAGUUAAUAGUUUCUAAAUUAUGAAUUGAUUCCUCAAAUGAAGAUACUCAGAAUUGUCAAACCUGAUUUUAUAUUGCGACUUGGUAGACUUUAUAAAUGUGUACUUAACCAAUUGUAAGUACAUAAAUAAUUUUUACUGGGAUGAGUCUAUUCCUUGAGAAUGUUACCUAAAAACAGGAACUGAUAGUGCCCAAUUUAGGAUUUCUAGAGUAUAACAGUAGAAUGUAUGAGGGGAAAGGUGCCUGAGCAGCUUACUGAAGCUUUAAAAGAAUGUUGGCCUCGUGUUUUAAUGCAACUCAUUUAUUGAUUUUUGUCACGUCGAAUAAAAUUUUAAAAUUAAGCAGGGUAUGUUUUUUUACCUGAAGUUCCUUGAAAUUUGAGUGCGCAAAUUUUGCUUUUUUACAUAAAGAUUUGUCUAGAGGAAUUUAAUUUCCUCAGCUUUUUGUUAAGAGCACUUCCUCCAACUCCUAAAAAAAAUCUACAUCUAAAGUGAUAAUGCUGUGCUUUGGUUUGGUUUCUGUGAGAUCUUUUGCUUACCUGAACAGUAUUCGUUUUCAUGCUAGCUUUAUCCCGCCAUGAAUGCUCUUUUGCAUAAUUUCACAUUUCUGCAAAUUAGCACUUUGCUUAUCCACGAUCUUUUAAUUUGACGUUGAAGAAUUCUAAAGCAAUUGGGAUAAUGUUGAAUGAAUUUGUUUCACUUCCAAAUUAUGACAGUUUUUAAAUCCUUGCCUUAUUCAACUUUCUCAGAAUUCUACUUCUUAAUAUUAGAUGCGUAGCCAUUUACUUCGUGGGCUAAUCCGCAAGGCACACCCUCUAAAAUUUGGCUUCACUAUGAAAUCUUCCAGGUAAAAGUUUUCUACCUCUUUUCUUAAUUCUUCUGAAGAUCAGGGAUGCUAAAUUAUAAUUUGUUAUGUGUUAUCUCACAUAAUGUGAAGAGGCUUAAUGUUGUGAAUUUUUGUUAUCUUGGUCUCAUUUUUGAUUAAAUAUUUCACUUAGAAAACCAAUGGUAUACUUUAAAGCAGUUAUAUCUCUUUCAGCAUAUCUUCUUGGGAAACGUUUUAAAACUGAAAUUUACUUUUAGCGCUUGCACUUGGUGGAGGUGGCCACAUAAAAUUAAGGAAUACAUAAAGAAUUUAGGAGAAAAGUACCUUUAAGGAACAAUUCACAAAGUAUGCUUGAAAUCAUUAGAUGACAUUUUUUAGUACCUUUGUAAAUUAUUAUGGUCAGCAUAACUUAAAAGUGUUUAAUUUUCUAUUUUACUGAGCCUUAAAAGUAAUAGCACUUGUGAGCUUGCUAUACUUAAUGUUUGCCAAUCAUAAUGUGUACAAAUGAAUAUGAUUGAAAAUCUCUUUGUACCUGU